GAAUUCCAGGUUGGACCUUAAGGAUCCGACCCAACAGUUGCCUAAUGUCAAAACGUUCGGCUAGAAUUGCUUCUGCAUGCCGAAUGAAGAAGGCGCGGAGGGGGGGAAGAAAAGGGGGUGUCGGGUGCGCGAUGUGGAGAUGUGUGAAGUUAGCACGAAAAUAGCAAACACCUCAAGGCCAAGAUCGUCCCUUUUCCAAGGAGUUGAGGAGACCGAGAGAAACAAACGCCGGGUUCCCCUUUCCGUUGAAGAGACUCCAGCCAAGCAUUGCCCUUUUGCCUCUCUUUUCACUCCUUUUGAGGAUUUUCUGUGACAGGUACUCUCUCCAACCUGUUCAUUUACUGUAAUUCCACGGUUUCUUUCUUCUGUUUUUGUUGUUGUUGUUGUGUUGGAAUGGCUAGGGGAUUCAUAUUCACGUCUCCAGGAUCCUAGAGACCAGUUCCUGCGUGUUCAUCUCUCCUUCAUUUUUCACCAGGACUCAUCGCUCGGAGGAAGGAGGAGGAGUCGCGGUCUCCACGGUUAUCUUGACCAGAGUCUCCUCCCGAUGGCUUCCCCUCCACCUUCGCCGCCCCCGCCAUCAUCGUCAUCGUCUUCUCCCCCGCCUCCACCCUCGUCAUCACCCCCACCACCCUCGGGGGCCUCGUCUCCACCUCCCCCCGGCGAUUCAAACUCUUCGCCCCCUCCCCCGAAAGACUCGAAAUCAUCUCCACCGCCUCCUAAAUCAUCCAAUUCUCCUCCCUCCCCAUCUGAUGAUGGCGACUCAUCCUCCCCGCCACCGCCGCCGCCUCCUCCACCGCCACCCCCACCUCCACCCCCGCCUCCUCCUCCGCGACGGUCAUUAGCACCACCAUCGCGCCACACACCAUCGUCGAAUUCCCCGUCUGACUCCUCGAGCUCCAGCUCAUCAUCGUCUCCCAAUGUACCCCUCAUUGUGGGAUUAGCAGUUGGAGGAGGAUUGUUGCUACUAGUCCUGAUUGCCAUCUUCUGGUCAUGCACUAGAAAGAAGAGGAGACCGCACGAUCAAAUGAACUAUUAUAGGGACCACUCCAACGGAUCCAAAUUUAGUGACUAUUACAGUGGCCCUCAGCAUCAACAGGCGAAUUGGCAUAACAGUCAGCCCAUGGAACACAUGGUCAAGGUACCUCCACCUCCUGGGGCUAUGAACGCGGGGUAUGGCGGUUGGUCGCAUCCGCCACCGCCGUUAAGCAGUGGCCAGCCGAGCUCGGAAUUUUCCGGCCCGCAUGGCCCGCCAUUGCCGCCACCUCCUCCAUCCUUUGCACUAGGGUUCACGCAGAGUACCUUCACGUAUGAUGAAUUAGCGGCUGCGACUAGAGGGUUCUCACAGGCGAACUUGUUGGGACAAGGUGGGUAUGGCUACGUGCACAAAGGGGUCUUGCCCAAUGGGAAGGAGAUAGCGGCAAAGUCGCUGAAGAGUGGUAGCGGGCAAGGCGACCGUGAGUUCCAGGCGGAGGUCGAGAUCAUCAGCCGCGUGCAUCAUCGCCACCUCGUGUCUCUAGUGGGCUAUUGCAUCGCGGAGAGCCAAAGGAUAUUGAUUUAUGAGUUUGUGCCCAACAACACCCUUGAAUAUCAUCUCCAUGGGAAGGAUCGACCCGUCAUGGACUGGCCGAUCAGGCUUAGAAUAGCAUUGGGUGCAGCCAGAGGACUUGCUUACCUACAUGAAGAUUGUCACCCUAAAAUCAUUCACCGGGACAUCAAAGCUGCGAACAUACUUCUCGAUUUCAACUUUGAAGCCAAGGUAUCUGAUUUCGGCCUUGCGAAGCUAUCUACGGACAAUCAUACUCACGUGUCGACACGGGUCAUGGGUACAUUUGGAUAUUUAGCUCCGGAGUAUGCAGCGAGCGGCAAGCUGACCGAUAAAUCUGAUGUCUUCUCUUUCGGAGUGAUGCUCUUGGAGCUAAUAACUGGGAAACGCCCCGUCGAGACCGAUAUGGACGACAGCCUCGUGGAUUGGGCAACACCGAUCAUCACAACCGCUCUGGCUGAGGGAGAUUACAGUGAGCUGGUGGAUCCACGUUUGCAGGACAACUAUGUCCCUCAGGAGAUGGCGCGCAUGGUUGCUUGUGCCGGCGCAUGCAUUAGACGUUCUUCUAAGAGAAGACCCAGAAUGAUUCAGAUUGUUCGUGCACUCGAAGGCGACCUAUCAUUAGACGAAGUGCACGAGUGGGCGAAGCAAAACAGCAGCUCGACUUUCGGAGGCGGCAGCAUGGGAUCGGGUUCCUCUAUUUCGGGCAUGAAAACGUUUAGAGAAGGCACUCCUAACGGCGAAGUAGAUGUCAGCAGUGAUUACGGACAAAGCCCUUCCAGUUCUUCGACCGGCAACGAUUCACGUGAGAUGAGCAAGACUGGGAACUUGUGAGCGAGGUCGAUCUUGUUUCGAGCAUCUCUCGAUGUGGUAGACUCGGAAAUGUGAAUGUUGCAUUUGUCUUCGAAUCCCGAGAAGUUCUUUGAUCAAUGCCAAAAUCUGAGUCUUUUUCGCUUCUUCUUCGCAAGUGAUUUACAUCCCAUUUCGAAAGCGCUUUCUGGUAUUGUCGUAGAUCUCGUUUGUAAAUCGGUGUCUUGUAGGACGACAUACAG